AGAUCUAGUUCUCAAAAUUGUUAAAAUUAAUACCGGAAUUCCAUUUGUUUGCCGUUGAAAACGUCAAUAAGUCAAAAUUAAACCCAGUGGUUAGUUACACGGGUACGCUAAAUUCCACGUAACGUAGGAGAUUAACCACCGCUUGGCUGCUGCUUUCGAUGCGCCCGCUGGACGCUUGCAGGGAUUGAGGCGACAAUUGCAAUUGCUGCAACUGCAGUUAACGGGAGGAGGAUAAGUGCAAGUACACAGGCCACCGCUGAUCAUCGCUAGGAUGCAGAACCAGCCCAGUCCACAGUUGCCCUGCAAGGGCAUUUUGAAGACAUCUCGAAGCUUCGACAAGUCCGGAGCGAGUUUUCGCAAAAGUGCCAAGUUCGAUGAGCUAAACGUGCUUCAGACGUUCCAUCCGGCCGACAAGGACUAUGGACAUAUGAAAAUCGAUGAGCCCAAAACGCCAUACAACUACACGGAGGCCUACGAAGACAACAGGGACGAGCUGGACACGGAUCUACUCGUGGAGAAACUUCGGAUCGCAGCCAAUAUACCACCGUCUACGGAAAGCAUCGAAGACGACGGCUCCUCGGGUGACGAACAGCCACUGAGCGAGGCGGAACGGCAACGACGGAACGAAUUUGAGCAGCGUCGCAAGGCCCACUAUCGCGAGUUCGAGGCCGUCACGCUCGCCCGGAAGCUGAUUCAGGAGGAGGACGAUGACGACGAGGACAUCGACGAGGAUGCAAGGACCUCGGAUAGUCGGCCCUCGGGCUCGGCAUCUACCUCCGGGCACCUUAUGAGCAGUUUGGCGAAAAAGUCACCUGCCACCUCCCCGUCAGCCAGUGCCAGCCUGAAUAUGGAUCUAGAGCCGUCGAUCAACUAGAAGCAACGCGUUACACACCGACCCAUCAAUCAAUCAAUCACCAAUGUUUACGAGGGCAGCUCUUCCAAAAUAACGAUGAUAUCAAGUUCACAGAGUGAGAUGGAGGAAAUACUCGUGUUUAAUUGAAUUUAGUCCGAACUAACACACAAAAUUAAACCGUCGCAAAGGAGUUGCUCAUCGUCGGGAAAGGAACGCAUGAAAUUACUUGUUGCAAAUUGUUUUACGUGGACGGUGGGCGGUGGAUCUAUUGUACGACAUCAAAUAUACAUAAUCGUAUGCGUAUCGGCCGUAGCUGACUGUUGCAAAAUGUA